CAACCGGGACCAUUCCUUUCAAGUGAGGCUCAAAACCUCUCUAAGCAAUAUAUACUACUACUACUCCUUUCAAGUGAUUCCGACAGAGUGUUCCUCUCCAGCCACAGCCUUUUUUCCCAAUCAAAGUUUUACUUCACAUCCGACUCAUUACGAUGGAAGCGAAAAUCAACUACAUUAAAACGGAGGUGGUUCGCAAAGUAUUGAGCAGCAACGACUGCUUUACGGGACUAGAAGUUGUGAGCAGUGAUUUAAAAACUCCAAAACAGCUGGAUGGGUUUAUGUCCGCCAUACACGAGCUAAUUAUUGUGGUGCGCAACAAAGCGAACGGCGAACAAUCAACGAUACCGCUGCUGGUUAAGGUGAUGAAAGGAGAGGACUUGUUUAGAAAGCAGAAUCUGGGCCAUGUGUUGUUUCCGAAUGAAAUCAAUAUCUAUGCGAAUGUGCUGCCCAGCUUCGAUCGCUUUCUAGCAGAAAUGAAGACCCACCACAAGGCAACGGAUUGGUGUCCCCGGGCUUACCUAAGUGCCGUGGGGCAUUUCCCCGAGUAUAGUCCAAUCUUCGAGACGUUUCUAGUGAUGGAAAACGUCUCUCCCCGAGGCUUCCGAACCGGUCCGAGGCUUGAUUUGGACGAGGCCCACCUUACGCUGAUGGCUGACAUCAUCGCCAAGUACCACGCGUGUUCGUACGCUAUGCGCCUACAAAAUGCUUCCGAGUUGGAGCAGUUGGUGGAAAAAAUCAUCCCUCUCAAUUUUAUCCAGGAUGGAAAAAUAUUUUUCGAAAGCUACGACGUCGUGUUUCGGUUUGCAGCAGAACGCCUCUUUUUAUACGUGGACAGUUGCCCCCAGGAGCUGGACAGUGAUCUGUUUCGCCGAAAUGUGGACAUUUUGAGAUCAAAAUACGGUCCAAAUCAGUCGGCAUUAAUGCAAAAGUUCCUCGAACGAGAUCCAGUGUUUUCCGUGAUUCUACACGGUGACUACAAUCGCAACAACGUCCUGUUUCGGUACGAACAGGACAAACCGGUCGAGGUGCUUAUGAUUGAUUUUCAGGAGAACCGUUACGGCUCGCCUGCCCUCGACUUGUCGUUCUUCAUGUACAUGAACAUGACACCGGAAUUGCGUGAGAAGUUUUGGGAUGAACUACUGCAUCGCUACCAUCGGACGCUUCUUGAUACGCUUUGUCAAAUACUGCAUUGCCCGGUGAACGAUUCCCGCCUGGAGCCGUACAGCGAGGAAAAUUUUCUCAAACAUUUUGCCCGUUUUGCUUUGUACGGUGCCAUGGUGGCACUGAACUUCCUCCCGAUGAUGAUGAGCAACGAAGCGGAAUGCGAAGAAAUGAGUGGAUUCUUCGAGCAUGACAUACACAGCGAAGGAUUCCGCCGGUGCGCCCUAACGAUCGGAGGGGAUCGUGUGAAUCGCCGCAUUACGGCCGUGAUGCGGCACGCUAGUGAGAAGGGUUACAUGGAUAUCAUGUAACAGGGAUAGGAAAUGACAUUUUAUUUUAGGACACAUUAGGCCAAAUAUUAUAUUCCCGUAAUAACGAUACGUACCAAUUAAACUACAUGUGAUCAGUUGUCCGUUUAAGACACUUUCGAGCUAUUGAAAAUUGUUAAUAUAAUCCAAUGUUUAGAAUUGUAUUUGAGUACCAAAAGAAAAAUAAGUAUGUUUACAAACUAAUGCGAUGCCUUUGGAUAAGUUUUUUUAUGUUAAUCCCAUAUGCAUAUGCCAUCAAAUUUUGUUAUUGGACAAUGGGUGAAAUAGGUAUGUUCUCGAGCACAAAAAUAAAUUUUU